AUGUCGCCACGAGAGCAAGUGGGGGCGCCAGCAGCCAUUGCAGCAGCGCGCGACGUGCUGUCCGACGAAGACGAACUGGCGGACGCUGACGCCCUGGUGAACGACGACGAGUUGCUGUUGACGAACGAGCUGCCGGGCGGGGACGAGCUGUCCGGCGAGAACGAGCUCACGCAUGAGGACGAGAUGUCGGACGAUGACGAGCUGCAGAUGGACGACGACGAGCUGCAGCAGAAUGAUGAGGUGCUGACGGACGACGCCAAGCGGUCGGACGAGAACGAACUGGUGGUCGAGAACAAGCCGCAGAAUGGCGAGGGCGAGUAG